AUGUAUCCAUCGCACCAGCAUCCGCCUAUGCCGCCUCCACAGCAACGAUCAGUGGCACCGGAGACCUUUCUGCUCGACCAAGACGCUCAGCAGAGCUUGCCUCAGGACUCGGUCGUCGCCCUGCAGCAAGUAGAUAAUCUGAAAUACUUUCUCAUAUCAGCCCCCGUGGACUGGAGUCAAGACCAGUAUAUCCGACGAUUUCUCCUGCCAACUGGCGAAUAUGUGUCUUGCGUGUUAUGGAGCAAUCUCUUCCACAUCUCUGGUACUGAUAUCGUGCGAUGUCUAUCCUUCCGCUUCCAGGCCUUCGGCAGGCCCGUCAAGAACACGAAGAAGUUCGAGGAGGGCAUCUUCUCCGACCUUCGCAACCUCAAGUCUGGUACAGAUGCAUCACUAGAAGAGCCAAAGAGCCCCUUUCUCGACUUUCUCUACAAGAACAACUGCAUCCGAACGCAGAAGAAGCAAAAGGUGUUCUACUGGUACAGCGUGCCACAUGACCGCCUUUUCUUGGACGCGUUGGAGCGCGAUCUCAAGCGCGAAAAGAUGGGCCAGGAAGCGACAACCGUGGCAGUCAGCGAGCCAGCGCUCUCAUUCGAAUUCGACUCCUCGCAGUCGCUGUUUGAGCAGCUCACCAAGGCGCAGCAGAACAACCAGUCGACCUUCAACGCCCAGCCACCCUCGAUGCCACCUUCACAUUCGACCUCGCCAGUACUGCGCGCUACAGAUUCCAUGCCACCACCUCCGAUGAUCCCGCAACAACAGAUGCCACCAACUUCAAUGCCACAGCAAAUGACACAACACAGUAUGCCUCCAGACAUGCACGCCGAACAGAUGUCGCACGUACCAACCUACUCCCAGAUGGCUAUGCCGCCAAUGCCUUCUCAGAUACAGAAAACGCGCGAACAGUCGAUCGGACCAGUGUUUGACCGUAAUGGCGUGCCGCUCUCGCAAGUUGCCAACAGGCACAGCUCAAUGCCAGCAUACAUGGAGUACUCCCCUGCGCCGUCCUUUGUUUCGUCCCAUCUUGGCGAAGAUUACAGUCAGCGGGGCAUUUCGUUCGAGCCUCUGACGCCACCUCAGCACUCUGUUGGAAUGCCUUCGGAGCCGACAUACAUCGCCAACGAGGAAACUGGACUUUACGCCGCGAUGCCCGAUGUUCAUCUGCAGCAGCCUUUCAACCCACUCAUGUCCGUACCGCCCAAUCUCUCUGGCGCCCACUACCCGUCAAACAUGCAACGCAACUACCAGCCGCAGCAGGUCUACUCAGUGCUUGAAGGUUCUCCCACAUACAAGCAGCGAAGACGUCGGUCGUCACUGACCAAUGGACCAAUCGGCGUGGCAGUCACUUCGACAGGUGGUCAAGUCACACAUGCCCACGCUCAUCCUCACACGCACGCACAUGCUGCGCACAGGCCUAGCGAUCUUCGACGCUCAAUGUCCAGUUCUGUUGCCCCACAGGCUAUUCCAGAGGGACAAGAGGUAUCUUACAACGGGUCUCCAGCCAGCAUGCACGCCGCUCACCAAUCUGGAAACAUGAUGGGCGACCACAGAGAGCUCAUGAGCCUGUCCCGCCACAGCACACCUUCCCAUGCUGUGGAAGGUGCAUAUGAUGAUGGCCAACAGCACCACGCGCAUGCCCAGCACAUGCACAUGGGACAAACUAACCAGGAGGACUUCUCACGGUACAACUCCAGUCCUGGCCAGGACUAUCGCCACCCAUCGCUGCAGCAUCAGGCCGUUCAGCGCACAGCAAAUGGUGUCUUUCGCAGAGCUCGCAGCGCCACCGUGAGUGAGAUGAGCCCGUAUGCACAGAAAAGCCACUCCUGUCCUAUCCCGAUGUGCGGCCGGCUGUUCAAACGCUUAGAACACCUCAAGCGUCAUGUCCGCACCCACACUCAAGAGCGCCCUUACCUUUGCACGCUGUGCAACAAGGCUUUCUCAAGGUCUGACAACCUGGCUCAACAUCGCCGCACUCACGAGACAAGUGCCGAUGGCUCUGCUCCCUCGGAAGAGGAAAUGGAGGAGGAACGCGAUGCCAUGGCUGAGGCAGAGGAAGGUCCGGAGCUCGACGAUGCGACUUUCCAGGCUGCCAUCGCCAUGACUACUGGCACAGAGCUCUCUGGCAUGCCAACUCACGUCGACUUGCGCAGCCUGAACGCUGCUGAGAUGGGCGCUCCGCACCAGAUGGUUACUGCUGGCGACUACAACUGA